GUCACUUGAUACACCCCCACACAGUAUGCAAGACAUAUUUAAGAAGGGCAUGAGUGUGACUUCUAGAAUUCUACUCAACUGCAGUGUUGAACUUCACUGGUAAAAGAUGAAUCUACCGCUCAUGUCAUUUCUCGUUACCGGUCUGCUUUCCACUGUUUAUGGUGCCGGCGGCUCAGUAGAAUACUGCUAUAACUCCCCAGACUGCAAUGCAACGAAAUGGCCUGUGAUAGCACCACAGUUUUGCAAUGGUACCCGCCAGUCUCCCAUCAAUAUUGUGACAUCUGAAGUGCAGGCUGAUGAUAACCUGACAGUCUUCACCUUCAAUGGCUUUAAUGACAACUCUACCAUCCUAAACAUUCAGAAUACUGGAAAGACAGUGAAAAUUAAUCUUGAUGAUAGCAAAAUGAACGUGUCAGGAGGAGGCCUUCAGAGUCACUACAAUUCAAUCCAGUUUCACUUUCACUGGGGCAAUGGCUCUUCUGUCGAAGGAUCAGAACACACUGUGGAUGGCAAACAAUAUCCAGUGGAGAUGCACAUAGUAAAUGUUAAGCCUAAUGCUGCUGUCAAUGACUCAAAUAAAUUUGCUGUUCUUGGUUUCUUCAUUGAAGCAAACAAUGCCAGUGGCGAACCGAACAGCUGGAAGACACUUACCUCAUUCUUAUCAAAUAUUACUCAAGCAGGUGACUCACUUGACAUUAUGAAUCAACUUACUGUAGAGAGUCUUAUUCAAGGAGUGAACCUGAAUAAAUAUUACCGUUACCUUGGCUCUUUGACCACACCAUCAUGUAAUGAAACUGUGGUAUGGACUGUAUUCAGUGACCCAAUCAAACUCAGCAAAGAUUUGAUCAAUCUUUUAAGCAACACAGUGCACAUCAAUAAAACGACUGAUGCUUUCAUCACCAAAAACUACAGACCACCUCAGCCUCUGAAUGGCAGGAUUGUGACAUCCCAAAAAUCAGAAGCACAUCCAACAUCAGCAAGCACACUUCAUCGCACUCUGUCCAUCAGCACAGUGCUUCUCUACUCUGUAUUGUUUUAGUAUUUGUGGUCCCUGUCUUCCAAGACAUAAAUGAGUUUGUUUAUUCUAGAUACUUGUUUGCACUGGAUGUUUCAAUCAUACUUUGCAUGUUCAAUAUUUAAAUGAUCUUUAAGAGAAUAUAGUAACUUAAUGAUGUUUUAAAAACUAUCAAAAUGAACAUUUUUAGCCCUAUAAGAGAGUCAGGGAGCUUAAACGGUGUGUGAUAUUUUAAGACAGUAUCUUUGUAUAUAUUGUGGUGGGGCUGGCUGAGGGAUGUGGAUGGGGGCUUGAGGGGCUGACAUGUAAUCUAAGUCUGCUCGUCACCAUUAAUUUUCAAUUUAAGUUUAACUAUAUAUAAACCUGAUUGUUAGCAAAUAAAAAGUUUUCUUGGAA